AUGGGGGAGACCUACCCUAGAGAGGCCCCUCUCUCCUCUCCCCCCUCGCUCCUCUCCCCCCUCGCUCCUCUCGCUCCUCUCCCCCUCGCUCCUCUCCUCUGUCCUCCAGGGGAGGUGUUUGAUUACCUGGUCGCUCAUGGGAGGAUGAAAGAAAAGGAGGCGCGUGCCAAAUUCAGACAGAUCGUGUCAGCAGUCCAGUACUGUCACCAGAAGUGUAUUGUCCACAGAGAUCUGAAGGCUGAGAACCUACUCCUGGACUCUGACAUGAACAUCAAGAUAGCAGACUUUGGCUUCAGUAAUGAGUUCGUAAUGGGCAGUAAGCUGGACACGUUCUGUGGUUCUCCUCCCUACGCCGCCCCAGAGCUGUUCCAGGGGAAGAAGUACGACGGACCCGAGGUGGACGUCUGGAGCCUGGGGGUCAUCCUGUACACACUGGUGUCAGGGUCGCUGCCCUUCGAUGGACAGAACCUCAAGGAGUUGAGAGAGCGUGUGUUGAGGGGGAAGUACCGUAUUCCGUUCUACAUGUCAACAGACUGUGAAAACCUACUGAAGAAGUUCCUGAUCCUCAACCCCACCAAGAGAGGCAGCCUGGAGCAGAUAAUGAAGGAUAGGUGGAUGAAUGUGGGUCAUGAAGAGGAAGAGUUGAAACCGUACAUAGAGCCCAUGCCUGACUACAAGGACCCCAAGAGAACAGAGAUCAUGAUUCAGAUGGGUUACUCCAUGGAGGAGGUGCAGGACUCGCUGGUCAACCAGAAAUACAACGAAGUCAUGGCCACGUAUCUACUACUGGACUACACAAACCAUGAGCUGGAUGAGGGCAUCAUUAAGCCCCGCCCAGGAAAUGAACUCUCGAAAAGUAGCGCCCCGUCCCCGCCCAGCAAGGUACAGCGCAGCGUAUCGUCCAACCAGAAACCCCGCAGAGCCACUGACCAGGGGUCUUCUGCCAGGGGGCGUGGUCAGGGAGACAACAAGGAGGAUUCUGGGAGGAAAGGAUCUGGCAGCUCGGCCAAAGUUUUGACUAGCCCGCUGGUCUCUGACCGCAAGAAGAGUGCCACACCCUCUACCAAUAGCAUAUUGUCGGGUCGCAGCAGAAACUCUCCUCUCACUGAGAGAGCUUCGCUGGACCAGGGGGUACAGAACGGCAAGGACAGCCUGAACACCCCCGGGUCCCGAGCCUCCACCUCGUCUGCUGCUGCCAUCCUCUCCUCUUCCUCCUCUUCCUCCCGUCCCCGCCAACACAAGUCCCUAUCCACCUCCAACCACCCCUGUCCGCCUCCCGGCCCUGACUUCCACGCACUGCACCACCGGCCCAGCACUCCCCACCAGAGACCACCUGGCGCGUCCCCCUCAGCCCACAACAUCAGCAGCUCCGCGGUGACGGACCGGACCAACUUCUCCCGGGGGGUGGCCAUCCGCAGCACCUUCCACGCAGGACAGCAGAGAGGUGCCAGAGACCAGCAGGGUUCUCCGGGGGCGCCAGUCUCCCCCUCCCUCAGCCACGGCAACAGCCAGACCAGAAGACCUGGGGCCACCGGUAUCUUCUCCAAGUUCACCUCCAAAUUCGUACGCAGAAAUCUCUCCUUCAGAUUUCUGAGAAGUCCGUAUGAGGGAGAGGGUCAGGAUGAGGAAAGCAGGUCGAUGCUGAGCAGCACCGUCGACAAAUCAGAGAAGAGCGGCGUCCUAGGCUCCUCCCACAGCGGCAGCGGAGACGAGAACAAGGAUAACUCCUCCCCUGUUUCCGGUACCGCCACCCCGCCACCGAAGGACCUGUCGACCAAACCGCGUUCCCUCCGGUUCACCUGGUCCAUGAAGACCACGUCCUCUUUGGAUCCCGGGGAGAUGAUGAGAGAGAUCCGGAAGGUUCUAGAAUCCAACAGCUGUGAGUACGAGCUGCGGGAGCGCUACAUGCUGCUGUGCAUCUUCGGGAACCCUUCCCGGGACGACUUCGUCCAAUGGGAGAUGGAGGUGUGCAAGCUGCCCCGCCUCUCACUGAACGGCGUGCGCUUCAAAAGGAUCUCCGGGACGUCGAUCGCAUUUAAGAACAUCGCGUCGAAGAUCGCUAACGAGCUCAAACUGUGAGACGGAGCGAUGAGCGGUUUUACACAUGUGGAUAGAGAGGAAUAAAGAGACUGAAUGAGAAGGAUGUUGUACUGGGGGAAUGGAGAGAAGAAGAGACUGAAUGAGAAAGAUGUUGUACUGGGGGAAUGGAGAGAAGAAGAGACUGAAUGAGAAGGAUGUUGUACUGGGGGAAUGGAGAGAAGAAGAGACUGAAUGAGAAGGAUGUUGUACUGGGGGAAUGGAGAGAAGAAGAGACUGAAUGAGAAGGAUGUUGUACUGGGGGAAUGGAGAGAAGAAGAGACUGAAUGAGAAGGAUGUUGUACUGGGGGAAUGGAGAGAAGAAGAGACUGAAUGAGAAGGAUGUUGUACUGGGUAGGUGGGAGGGGUUCAGUGUUUGACAAGUUAAUGGGUGGAGUGAAUGUUCUUCUGCUGGGGGUGGUUCUGUCUGGGUUUUUUUUUUUCCUCUGUUGAGGUUUGUGUUUUAGAACCUCACUGGGUUCUCGUCUUCUAGAUCCACUGCAUGUUGGUUCUGCCGCUAUCUCUUUUCACCUGGUGGUUGUACACACUCUGCCUCUCUCUCGCUGCCCCACACACACACACACACACACUGUACUGAGGGGAGGGAGUCUGAACACAUCGUCAUACCUGCUCCGAGGCUUUUCUCCUGUCGGUUCUAGACUGGGUUACACUCGAGUUCUAAAGAGAACAGAGCGGACCGACUUGAUGCUGGAAAUAAACUAACUCAACGCUGGAACGGUUCUCCUGUUCUCUGACCCAAAUGGACUCCCCCCCCCCCCCCCCCGGAAUCUGAACUGUAGAACACACCACAGGCCUUUGGUGGAAGGACACACUUUCUGCCCGUUUGAUGUGAGGGGAGAAUGUCAAGACACUGCUCUGUUUUAAGUCUCUCUCACACACACACACACCAAACUGGACCCUAAAUGACGGAUGUUUUGAAUCCAAACACACCAGGCUCCCGCCCCGCCCCGCCCAUGUCCCUCAACCCUCACUUUUCACCAGGGGUGACAUCAUCCCCGUUUCAUCCAGUCACAGGCCAAUAGACUCGAUUCCUCAUUGGACAACAACACUGUUUUUAUUUUCUUCAUUCUGGUUGGUUUAAGGUCAAAAGGUUGUACACUGGAGAAAAAAAAAGGGGGAAUUUCCUUUUUUUAUAGAAGACAAAUGUAGUUCUUCUCGUUGCUGUUCUAUUAUGACAAAGAAACUUGUUAAUGAUCGAUGGGGUUGUAUCGCGCUUCUGUACAGAGAGAACACACAGCAGCCAUCUUUCUACUCCCAUCUCUCCCCAAGGAGUAGUCAUGUUCCGAUAUUCAGCCUUUUAUCAAUCAGUAUUUCAUUUUAAAAUUGAUCUCUGAACAAAUUAAUUUAGAACUUCUUGAUUUGUUUUAGUGUUUUUAAUCACUUUGUUUGGGUUAAAGAACGCCUCACCUGAGCUCCCCCCCCCCCCCCCCACCCCACCUCGCUGGGCAUCUUCCUGACUGGGUGAUGAAGACUACUGCUCGUUCACUUUGAGGUCGAUUUUAUCUUCUGUAGGACGGGUUGGGUUUUGAUAAUGUGAACGUGUUGCCGCUGCCUUUUUGUAGGAUCAGGCCAAACGUUGUGUCACUGUGCCCACCUUGUGACCGACUAGACUAUUCUUGUUGUCAGCGGCGUCGAUUCUAUUUAGUAGGAGCUCUCUCUCUCUCUCUCUCCUUUCUCUGCCAGUGGAAAAGAGUGAGGGGUUUGCUGAGUAAUCUCUAGCCAAAUGAUGGGGGACGGUGUACCUGAGCAAAACGCCUCAGUUCUUUGUUUAAAAAGUCGUUCUGUUAAAUCAUUGUUUUAAGGUGCUGUCUUUACUCUUGCUGUUAUGACUAUAUUUCAAUGUUGAUUUUAUUUUGUUUUACAUUUUUUUUUUUGCUGUAAUUUGAGUCCGACAUUUUAACCAGUAUUUGGUUGGGAGAGACGGGACUCCAAAUGUAUUUGUUUUUGUGCAAAAGAAAUUAUGGAAAGUAAUAAAAAGUUGGUUGCAUUUA